AUGGCUACGCUAGAUUCCAAACCCUUCCCUGUGCCUAACAGCACCCUCUCCUUUUGGAGAACGCAGCCCCAUGAUCUUGACAGUCACCGUUCUACGGAGGAGCUUCCUGCCGAAUGUGACAUUGUGAUCAUCGGAGCCGGGUACGCCGGCGCCUCCGUCGCCUAUUAUCUCCUGGAGGAUAACCCCUCUCCGCCAUCAAUUGUGAUCCUCGAAGCCAGACAGGCGUGUUCGGGGGCAACUGGGCGAAAUGUCCGUUUGAACGACGCAGGCGGGCACUUGAAACCGAGUCCGUACCAAGUUAUCAUCAACAAUGCCCCAAAAUACGGCCUUGAAGCAGCGGUGGAGUUGGCCAGGUUUGAAACGGCCCAUAUCCCUGCCAUGAAACAGCUCGUCGAGAAAGAGAAUAUUGAUUGCGACUUCCAUAUCACUCGCGCGGUGGACGUUCUUCUGGACGAGAGUCACUGCCAGAAGGUGAAACAAGGUUAUGAUGAACUAGUGAAAGCCGGCGUUUCCACUCUCCUGGAUGUGGAUUUCACUGCUUGUCAUGUAUGGCCGUAUAAGCUCGUGCUUCAUCUCCUGAAAAUUGCCGUUUCCCGGGGCGUCAAUUUGCAGACGCACACACCCGUCUCUGAGGUGUCAGCAACGCCCGAUGCCUCGACGGGACGUUGGACUGUCGUCACCCAGUCUCGGGGCUCGAUCCGGGCCAAGAAGGUGGUAUACGCGACAAAUGCCUACACCGCAGCGCUCGCUCCACAGUAUGCGGGCAAGAUUGUCCCCGUUCGUGGAAUCUGCAGCCGGAUCGUCACCCCGAAGGACAAGCCAGCGCCACAUCUUCCUAAUACGUACAGCCUGCGUUGGAGCGCUGCGCUGUACGACUACCUGAUUCCUCGCCCUGACGGCAGCAUUAUCGUCGGAGGAGCGAGAAAGGACUAUCUCUCCGAUCCGAAGAAUUGGUAUAACAAUUUCGAUGAUUCGCAGCUCAUAGAUUCUGCGAAGCACUACUUUGACGGCUACAUGCAGCGGCAUUUCCGAGGCUGGGAGGACAGCGGAGCAUACACGGAUCGAGUGUGGACUGGAGUGAUGGGCUAUUGCAGUGACUACCUGCCGCACGUUGGCCCUAUACCAGGCAAGCCGGGACAGCUGAUUAUCGCCGGCUUCUCGGGCCAUGGGAUGCCACAAAUCCUCCUUUCUGCCAAGGGAAUCGCUAAGAUGAUUCUAGAGGAUGUCCCUUUUGAGGAGACGGGGAUCCCACGAUUGUACCGGACGACGCAGGAGAGACUGGAUAGUACGGAAGAGAAAAUACUCUCGACUGCUGGAAUUAGCACUGCAAGGGCAAAUUAUUUAAUAUUAUCUCCGAACUUUAAUUGCUUCCUCCGCAGUGGCCCCACCACGGCGAUGUCAUCCGCAGGUCUGUCGGCCGUCCUGCCCGACUUCACCCUCUGGCCCAUUUGUCCCUGUCAACAGGCUCCUUUCCUCAUUGAACUGCAGCCUCUACCUCUCUCUUCCUUUCGCUCCUGGUCCUGCGCUCUCUUGCCGCGGCUACUGACCUUCUUCCCGCUCGUCAUCCUCCGAAUUCGGUUCAUGCCUGUUCGCCCCUCGACCCUGCCAUUGAGGUUCAAGUUAUUACCGCUCAAUCGGACUAGUCUCUUCUCUGGAGGGAUUUACAGAAGGUUAAUUCGCCUGAUUACUAUGACGGCAGACAAGCAAGGUCCAAGUAGCUCCUCCAACCAUCCAAAGAGGCUGGUCUUCGCCCCCGGCGACAUCCAAGGACCCGAUGCCGAGGGUGCGAAGGCAGCGACUUCUCGCCUUGCGGAGGAGAUAUCUCGCUCUGACACAUCGACGCCCACUUCGGCCACCCAACAGGAACUUCUGUCUCAUCCUGCUCGCGCGCACCAGUUUGUAAUCAAUCCGCCGCUCACAAUCUCGCAACUACAUCCUACCAACCCUCUCCAUCAGUUCCACUCGUGGUUCAAAGAUCCGCGUCUUUCUCCCUCCUCAGCGCCGGAGACAUGUACCCUAGCAACGGCGUCUCUACCCUCUGGUCGCGUGAGUGCUCGCGUGGUCUAUCUCAAAGAGCUGGACGAGAGAGGGUGGGUCGUCUACAGCAAUUGGGGCAGCCGGGAGGGAAAAGGUGGCCAGGUGUUUGGGAGAGGGGCCAACCAGCUUGGACCAGAUGGUAUCAGUGCGGCGGCUGCACAAGGGCUACAGGAUCAACCGUUCGACCAGGGCAACAAAUGGGCAGCACUGACCUUUUUCUGGCCCACGGUGGAGCGCCAAUGCUCUGGACGGCGGAGCCCGGGACGCUGCCUCUACGACGGAAGAGCGAGGCCGCAGCUGGGGGCAAAGGGCACAGAGCGCGCAGAUAUCGAAGACGGACGCGCUGUGCUGGAGCAGCGCGUCAAAGAGAUAGAAGAGCGAUUCGCAGACAAGGAGGAGAUCCCUCUGCCGCCUUUCUGGGGCGGCGUGCGCAUUGUCCCCGAGUCAGUCGAGUUCUGGCAGGGCCGACAGAGUCGACUGCAUGACCGAUUCCGCUACGUGCGGGUCGAGACAGGAGGACAGUCCAACGCCGAGGCGCAGGAAGGCGAAUCUUUCAAGUGGCGGAUAGAGCGGUUGUCUCCAUAG